AUGGCAUCCCCAGACUUCCUGCCGAGGUCCAGAACAGGAUCUGUUGCUGAUGACGAACUGGACGAGACAAGCCAGGCUGAUGUACUACGCGAGCUUCAGUUUCUCCAUAGGGUGCGUUGGGUGAGCUGGCUCGGCGGAGUGGUGGAUCCGGCGAUUCAGCCAGCCGUGCGCAAGAAAUUGGAAGCAGAUCAUAACUGUACUCCAGUUUUCCUAACGCAAGAGGUCGAGGACCUGUACUACCACAAGUUUACUCAGGGGGUCCUGUGGCCGCUGUUUCACUGCAUACCCACGAACUUCAAUGAGGCCCUUCUAGAGAACUUCCAGAGUCAGUACGAGGCAUAUGCGCAUGCAAACAAGCUGUUCUUAGAAGCUGUGGCAGGGAUCUACGAGGAGGGAGAUAUUGUGCUGGUGCAUGACUACGACCUCAUGCUUCUGCCUGCUCUCCUGCGGAAGAGGUUUCCUGACAUUACGUGCGGAUUUUUCCUCCACUGCCCUUUUCCCUCCACGGAGUUCUACCGCAUGCUUCCAGUGCGACAGGUACUUCUCGAGGGGAUUCUUGGGGCAGAUCUGGUGUCGUUCAACCACUUCGACUAUGUGAGGCACUUCCUCAAUUCGUGCACCAGGAUCCUUGGCCUUGAAUCUUAUCCCAGCCGAAUCGAGUACAACGGACGCUUGAUCAGCGUAAGUAUCUGCCCUAUGGGUAUUCAUCCCGAGGCGUUCGAGAUGACACCGGAGAUCGGGGCCGUCAUGGAGCGCCUGCGGCACGUGUGCCACACGGAAGACCGCAAGGUGCUCGUUAGCAUCGACCGUCUUGACCUGUGCAAGGGGAUCCCUCUGAAACUUCUCGCGGUUGACAGCCUUCUGGAGAAUUAUCCUGAGCUUCGAGGGAAAGUCAUUAUGUUCGUCGUAGUACGAGACGAUGGUCGAAGAGGUGACAGAGACCUUCGAAAGGCCGUGGAUGGACUGGUCGGACGCGUGAACGGAAAGUAUGGCAAAACAGACUACACCCCGAUUCACUACAUGAAGAAGAAGCUGAGCCACAGUGAGAUGGUGGCGCUUUGGGCGUUGGCUGACGUUGCCUUGGUGACGAGCCUGCGAGAGGGAGUCAACUUGGGAGCGAUGGAGUUCGUCGCAUGUCAGCAGACGUCUAUGCACGGGGUUCUCGUGUACAGUGAGUUUGCGGGGUGCGCGCUGUCGUUUAAAGGAGCGGUGCUGGUGAACCCAUACGACCCGGACAAGGUGGCAGAGUCCAUCCACACAGCGUUAGCAAUGCCGGUUAUGACGAAAAAGAUCAGGCAUCACCAACUUCUUCGGUAUGUCAACCAUUACACCAGCCAUCUUUGGGCGAGGAGAAUCAUCCCCUCGCUCCUGAUGGCCGGGCAGAAAGCACGGGAGUACAACCGAUUGCAAAAGUUGGACGCCGGGUAUCUCCAGUCAUUCUACGGCCGCAGCCGCCGUCGACUGUUGGUGUUUGACUACGAUGGGACUCUCGUGGCACACCACGCGCUCGCCCAGCUCUCCGCUCCACCCCCAGUUCUUUUGCAAGUGCUGGAAGCUCUGUGUGAGGACACAGCGAAUGUGGUGUACAUAAUUUCGGGCAGGAGAAAGUCAGAGCUGGAGGACUGGCUAGGAGGUGUGCCGAGGCUGGGUCUGAUCGCAGAGCACGGCUACUGGGUGAAACCAGCAGCUGCUCACCGCACACAGCAACCGAGAGAUCGUGCAAGCACGGGUUGGGAUGAAACGGGUAGCGGCAGCAGGUCAAGGGACCAGCUUGCCGACAUGGGGGAGUGGGGGUCAGAGCGCAGCGGGCGCGAGGGGAGAUUCGGAGAACGCCGAGAGAGUGGGUCGAGCACUCCAAUGGGGCACCAGCAACCAUCGAUGUCGUACAAGCAUCGUGGCCACAGACGAGUACGGACGGUGUCUGGAGGAGGCCUCUUUUCCCCCGACAGCGCCUCAAACAACCAGCCGACCGACGGCGCAGAGUGGAUUAUGCGAAGUCACAACGCAGACCUCAGCUGGCGGAGCGAGGUGCUUGCUAUUUUGGAGAACUUCACAGGCCGAACCCCAGGGUCGUUCCUGGAGCUCAAAGAUAGUGGUCUAACAUGGCACUUUCAAGACACAGAUCCGGACUUCGGGCAGACCCAGGCGAAGAACCUCCAGCUUCACUUCGAGCAGAUGUUGGCGAACGAGCAAGUGCGAGUGGUGAUGGCUCCUCUCAAGAAGUACAUCGUCAUUCAGCCGUCUCGAAUCAACAAGGGCAAGGCAUUAUUGACUGUUCUGCACGAGGACCCGCUUGGAUUCGACCUGAUUCUGGGCGUGGGGGAUGAGCGAACAGACGAGGAUAUGUACGAUGUUCUGCAAGGUAGCCAGUGCUUCACGUGCACCGUGGGCAUGAAGAUCAGCAAGGCUCAAUACUACCUCGAGGAUACCGACGCUGUUGUCAACAUGAUGCAGGGUCUGGCCCACGUAUCCCAACAAAAUUUUGCGAAGGAGAGAGACUCGAGACAAGGCAGCGACGUGUACUUUUCACUCGGGACACCACGAGGAGGCGGGACGACCCCACGCUUCUCGUAAAAUCGUUCACCGCAAAGCGGUGACCAUUGGAUGCUAGAGCUUCUAACGAGAGGGUGCUGUUGCGACAGCUUCACAUGUGGAUUUGAGAAGUGAUUUUCGAAGGUUUACUGAAGGAAAUAAUCCAACGUACUCGCUAAUAUAGUGGGAGGACUUCCAACUAGACGGCACGUACGUGCCCAAGAUAAAUUCCUGAAAGGGCCAGUUUACAUGAAGUGCCAGUACAGGUGGUUUCGUUCUCCUAUUGUUUCACUGCAAAGAUGCUACGUGUGUCUCUCCCGAGCCUUUUUUGAACUACCCAUACCAAAGGCGACCUUGGUGCGCCACUCGCUCUUGUCCAUCCCUGCUCUUUCCACCUCUUGCUCUCUUCUCUUCGCCGCAAAAUCGGGAACGAGGGAGAUUUCUUUUUUUUUUUGGUCGAGAUCUACCCGUGGGGUAGUUCGGGCCGCUAAUUUCUCCUUCCACGACAUUUUUCGUCCAGAGGUUCCUGAUCUUAGGGCAGGGUUAACGACAUCCGCCACUUUAGCCGGCUCAUCUCCCAAAUUUGUUUCAGGCGGAACCUUCUGUUCGACGCACAACGCCCGUGGCCGCAUUCCAGCAAAUGGUGGAGGCACAUCGUUCGCAGGUUCCUGUGUCUCCUCUUCUGGUGUUGUCUCCAUUUCCUCAGAAUUGGGUAG